CUUGCGCGGCUAACUCGUUAGCAGUGUCCAGCAAUGUCUCCCACACCGACCUAGCGUGGGCGUUUCAACUCGACUUACGACUCGACUCAACGUUAAUUUGCUGGGGCGACCGAUCCGCCCCGAGUUGGUGGACUUGCGCCUCGGUGUUCGGGGUGGCGGUGAUGUAGCUGAGCCGAAACCGAGAUCGUGUCACUCCUGCGUCACCAUGUAGCCACCGAGCCGCGGUCUGACGUCGGAGAGAGCUGGCAGAGUGAUGGCGGAGGGGAGGAGCGGCGACGACGUGGUUUCAGAAUACCUGGGCCAGAACCGUCAGCUGGCCCAGUGGGUGGAAACUUUCCGGGGCUACUGCGAGACCAACAAGCAGUGGUUCGCCAGAAGAGAGUUCAUCCUGAGGAACAUGGAGGCCUUCCCCACCCUUGAGCAAGGAGUUCCCAGCAACGGUUUGGACAGACUGCUGUCCCUUUCCAUGGCAUGGGCCAACCAUGUUUUCCUGGGCUGCAGGUACCCACAGGCAGUAAUGGACAAGCUAAAGAAGAUGAGCGAAGGAGUAAAUGUGACUGAUGCUCCGGUUCAUAUGACAAGGGAUGAAAUCAUUGCCAAAGGGAAGAGGGGUGCCUCAGCCGAGGGUGACCCCGACAGCUGUGUGAAAAAACCCAAAACCGGGCCGAAUGAGGUCGACGGUCGGUCUGCAGGGAGGACCACAGCGCGGCCACCGACCCAGAAAUCGGGACCGCCGCCACAGGCUCCCGCUGAACACCAGCCUUUCUUCAACCGCCUCUAUAAGGCGGUGGCCUGGAAGCUGGUGUCCGCCGGUGGCUUCGGUCCCAACCUGGACCACUUUGAGAUCUUGCGGAGCUGUGUGGAGUCCUGCAAGCAGAGUCUGAGCUGCGUGAUUGUGCCAUUGAAAGACAUUCCAGACCUCCCGGUGGGCCGAACACAGAAGGAGGGCCAUGUGUGCGAGCUCCGCUGUCAGACUGUCUACAUGGGCACGGGCUACGGGCGCGACGAGGCCGCCGCCAGAGCCAUGGCCUCCAAAGAAGCCCUGAAAGCCUUUCAGGGGCGGAAAGUGACAGUGAAGAUCUGUCGACGGAGGUACAGAGGGGGGGACGUGGAGGAUGUGAUCCUACAUGAUGAUCAGCCCAGGAACCAGGGCUUUCCACCUGCCCUCAGCUACCCCUUCCAGCCACAGGAAGACGCUUCAUCGUAGCAACAACACACAGAAAAACCUUGAUUUGUGCGUGUUUGGCUGCAAAAGGCGGUAUGUAUCUGAUGAAUCUGAAUACACUGAAGGAGUUCUUGGCCGUGUGGGCAGCGAGCCUCCGAACACGGCACCUGCUAUUUUCACUGUUAAAAGUGUGCUUCACAUGUGGCGUGGGAUCCAAACAGCGCCGUGCUUUUUGUUGUCGUGUUCAGACGUGUUGUAAAAUGACACGUUUAGCGAGACACAUUUUUAUGCUAGACGUGGGUAAUGCAACUCGAUUGAAUGCCUGCAGUUUGUUGGGAAGUUUGGUUUCAGGUUCGUUCCCUGGUGAAAGUGAGAACAGGUCUGACUGCUGUGAUUGGUUGAAAUUUGUAUUUUGUCAUAUUGUCAAAGUUUCUCCUAUGAAUAAUUAGCUUUGUGAAACAUUCAAACCGCCCACUGUGGUCUUUUAGUUUGUCUAAUUAGUUGCUCAGCAAAGUUUUAACACAUCUUGGUUUUGUUUGUUGUUCUUGUCUCCGGCUAUAUACCCAUCUUAGACGUGAGCACUACAGGUUACUGCUUUCUUUUUUUUCCCCUCCCAUCAUUUAACCUCACUGAUUAAAAACCACUGAGUGUCCUACUGUUCAGAUUGUUGGGGGCUCUGUGCUUUUAGUUAAUUUCUCCACACAAGUUGUGUACAGUUAUUCUGUUAUCGGGAGCAGGCGGGGGUGUGUAUUUGUGAAAAUAACAUGGUUCACAUCACCGUGUGUUUUUUUGUUAGCACUUCUGGCUGUAUAUACUUUUCUUUCAAAUGAAAAUAAAGGAAAAUUCGUUACUACU